AUGCCCCGAUUCUUACAUCCAACACAGUCUGGCGUUCACCGUUUAGCGUGCCUUUCCCUCUACCAUGCCUUGCUCUCACAGUGCUCUAAACCGUGGCUUACAAGCUCCAAGGCAUCACAUAUCCGAGGCAUAAUACAGGCCAGAUUCCGUCUGGACAAACCAAUUGAAAGCCCUAGUCGAAUUGAAAAGUCCCUGAGAGCAGGCUAUGAGGCUUUAGAAUUGAUGAAAUCAUGUGCUAGUGGAGAACCUAGAAGCAUUGAGCGAGUUGAUUCCCUCAUUGCCGGAACGCAGCCCUUCCUCGAGAAAUACAAGAAGAAAUGCGCACAACUCGCCCACCGACGCCAGAUGAUAGAGUUAGAGAAUGAUAGAAAGAGAGAGAGAAAGCGCCGUUUUAGUGCCAAAGCAGUGUUGGAAUCUGUCCUAUCACGACCUUAUCCCAAAGUGUCCGGUAUACGCCAUGUUCCUCGAUUUGCAUGUGCGCGUGGGAUACCAUUUCUCAGGAUCAAGAAGCCUCAACCGAAGAGUCUGGGCAUAGCCAUAAGAAUCAGGCAAGACGCUCGAUGGAAGAACAUCCUACGCAAGCAAGAACUGGCUGUGGAUGCCUUGUUCGCACAAGAUGAGGAUGCGUGGGAUCAGUUCACAGAGAAGAAAGAGAGCGGCACUUGGGAUAAGGCUAUCCAGGAGAAUAUCGGCCGCGUGGUGAAUACGAUUAAGAAAGGGGAUGAGAGAGAUCUCGAGCUGGCGAGGAAGAUGUGGAAUGUAGUAGUGGCUGAGAGAAGGCUGGCUGAGAAAGAGGCCAAACAGAGGGAGAAACUAGGUCAGGAAGAAGCCAAGUCGAGCUCUUCUUCAAACACGAUACAACUAUGA